AGAAGUUAGUGGGUCACUUCGAUCAUUCCACAUUUUUUCUAGAAUAGAAGAGUGUGAUCAUUCCACAGAAAAAACCAAGAUAGAUUAACAAGUCGCACACAAAAAUGGCCACCCAAGAUUAUCAGGAAGAUAACACCAUUCCAGAGCGGCCCAAAGUUCUCAUCCACCGCCUUCCGUCCUUCAAUUUAGAAUUCAGUUGUCGCUUGCGCACUCACUUCGAUCUAUUGGACCCGCUAAUUGACUUGCCUCCAGCCGACUACUUCGCCAACGUACUCGCUCUAAUCAGCGUUGGUCCCAGCCCUGUUACCUCCGACACUCUCGCUCUUCUACCUUCCCUUCAGAUCGUCCUUGGCACCAGCGCCGGUUUUGAUCACAUUGACCUGGCUGAGUGUAGCCGCAGAGGAAUCGCAGUCACCAAUGCCGGUACAGCCUUUUCCGAAGAUGUCGCUGAUUAUGCUGUGGGACUGUUGAUCGAUGUUUUGAGGAGCAUAUCCGCCAGUGAUCGGUACAUUCGGGCCGGUUUAUGGCCUAUUGAAGGAGAUUAUCCCCUUGGUUUCAAGCUUGGAUGUAGAAGAGUUGGGAUUUUGGGGCUGGGAAGUAUUGGUUCGGAAAUUGCAAAAAGACUUGUUCCUUUCGGUUGCAGAAUUGCCUACACUUCAAGGAAGGAGAAACCACAAUUUCCAUUCACUUUUUACGAAAAUGUAUAUGAUCUCGCAGCUAAUAGUGACAUUCUCAUUGUUUGUUGUUCACUGACUAGAGAAACACACCACAUAGUCAAUAAGGAUGUUAUGGCAGCAUUGGGAAAGGAUGGAGUGAUCAUCAAUGUUGGUCGUGGAGCUCUUGUGGAUGAGAAGCAAUUGGUUCGUUUCUUGAUGCGAGGGGAGCUUGGUGGUGCAGGUCUUGAUGUAUUUGACAAUGAACCUUAUGUGCCGGAAUGUUUAUUUGAGCUGGAAAAUGUAGUGUUGUCGCCGCACGUUGCUGCCAUGACCCCAGAAUCCAUGGAAGCAUUACAGGAUGUAAUCUUUACCAAUUUGACAGCAUUCUUUUCAAAACAACCUUUACUUUCACAUGUUCAAAAUGAUUGAACAGUAGGUAUGAUUUCCCUGCAGAAGUAAUAAAGGCAUUGUGUAAAAUUUCUUUAUGGGAUGAACAGUUUUGAUGCCCGUCAAAAGGAAUAAAGUUUCUGAAUACAUAUAUGAAGAAAAUGUUAAAUUUUGAA